GAUUCCGUUGCGAGUGCGAGUUUAGUUAUUUCCGUGUAGCAGACUUCAAAAAUAUUAUCUUCUUGUUAUAUAUAAAUUAGAAAUUAUAAUAUAAUGGAUUCAGAAAUCGUAAAAGGUAAACCUCUUACAAAAGAAGAGUCAAAGUUUUUGCUUGACCUAAUAGAAGGUAGUAAAAUAAUUACCACCAAAACCACUAACGCCACCAACAACAAACUUAAAACUGAAGAGUGGAUUCGUUUGGCAGAGCGAUUCAAUGCCACAGCCACGAAUUUUCCAAGAACACCACAGCAGUUGCGUUUGAAGUGGGAAAAUUUAAAGAAGAACUCGCGCAAGCGCAGCACCAAAAUAAGGAUGAACCAAAUUAAGACUGGUGGUGGCCCUGCUGACUAUAUACCCCCAGAUGACAUAUUAGACCGGGUGACCAGUCUAUUAGGAAGUACAGUCAGUGGGUUUACUGUACCGUUUGGGGGUGACAAGGAAAUAGCUUGGUUUAAUGUUGGUGGUGGUGGUGAUGGUGAUGGUGAAGGUGGAACAAGUGAUAGUGAAAACUUAGGAAAUGUGAUGGUGCAGACACCACAAAUUUUACAGACUUUUACAGACUUAAAUGAAACCACAAUCUCAACACCAUUAUGUAAUGAAAAAGGUAUUGAGAAUGUGGUUGCUGAUUACCAAGUAUUAGAGGUGGUUGACCAAAAUUUGAUCACUCCGAAUAAAACCAAGAGGCUUACAUUUAGUACACCUAGAGCAGGUAAUGGUUGUUUUUACGAUUUUGGAUUUAUGAAUGAUAAAUGCUUAUUUUGAUUAGCCCUCACGUUUUGCCCUUCCUCACUCUCUACAUUUAUGUGAUAAAAUAUUUAUUAAUUGAACCUUGUUGAAGAUUAUUUAUGUAAGGCUUAUUUAAUUGCAUCUGAGCAAGUCACAGGGAAAUUAGACUAUGUCAGGCAUAAUCACUUGCGGAAGAUCUUUUAUUUAUGAGAUAAAUGAUUUAUGUUAAUAGGUAUGAUCUCAUCAAAGUAUCUUAACCACCUUACUGAUUUGGGCAUAAUUGCUUAUUUUUCACACUGGUCUCCUAGCUGAGAUGACAGGAUUUUAUGAACACUGACGUCUUUGAUAAAGUUAAAUUAUAAACACAGCCCCAUUAUACAUCUAUGAUAUUAUUAUAUGCUAAAUUUUAUGAAAACAGAAAUGAGUGCACUUAUAUUGAUCUCAUAUUUGCUUCAUAUUCCAGUGAAAAAGAAAUUGAAGAAAGAUGAGAACAGGACUGCGAGGAACUUAGCCAUAGCAGAAUAUUAUUCAGCCAAAAAACAAUGCUUAGAUGCCACAUUAAAUAAUAUUAAUUUAGAAAAUGAUAACUUAAAAUUAAAAAAUUUGGAGCUUAAUUUGAAUAACGAAAAACUUAAGUUAGAAACUGAGAAAUUAAAAUUAGAAUUAGAGAGGUUAAGAAAGCAGCAAUAAUGUUUAGUAUAGUAUAAUAAUUAUAAUACUUAUUUAGUCUGUAGUUUAGUAGUAGUAAAUUUGAAUAUAUAAGUGUAAUUGUAUAAUAAAUUUAGGAAACUUGGCAUCUAAGUAGGUAUUGUUUCCUGGCUAUGUAUGGCCUUAUUAACCCAACCAUCAAAGAAUUGUUCUUUAUAUUUUAUAUUUGUUUUACAGAAGAGGGCCAUAAGAGCAAUCAAUGAUUUAAAACCUAUUCGCUUUGACAAAAAUUUAAGGAAAUUAAUAUAUUAACUUUGGCCUCUCAAUACAUUUAUGAAAAUGUAAUGUACAUUCACACGUACAUAUACAUGUAUAUGCUUUUAUAACAAAAUCCCAGAAAACAUACAAACUUUGAUUUGCUCAAAGUUCAAAAACUUUAAACUAUGUUUGUAUAAAAAGGGUUAUUAUAAGGAAUUUAUGGAUGAUAAUAACCCCUGAGGUGAUUGUGAGAAUCUAUUUUUUUUUUUUAAAAACGUUACCCCCACUCUAGGAUUUUCUCCUGUAUCGUGGAGGCAGUUUACAAACAUAUAUCGCACAGGGACAAACAUCCAGACCCGGAACAAUUAUUUGUAGGCCAUACAAAUACUUGUUCAGUGCGGGAUUCGAACCCGCGGCUCCAAGCGUUGCAACUCAUUGCUAUGCCACGGAGCCGUCGAAUGAUUGUUUUGUGUUGUUAAUUGUGUAACAUAUAUGAUUUUAAGCUGUUAUUUUUUUAACUCCCGCUGGGUUUCUUGCUGGUUCUUCUCAGGACAGAGGUUUUUUCCGAACCAGUGGUAAUUAAACAUUUCAGUAAGUAUUAUUUAUAAUCUACAUUUAAUAAAAAAGUUUCUAUUUCUACUGUCUAAAUGAUAUAGUGGUAAUGAAUAAUAUUUUAACAUUGAAUUUAAAUGAAAUUGCUUAAAAUAAAAAAUUUUAUCACCAUCAUAUGAUUGUUUAUUUUUAUACUAUUAUUUUGAAUAAACUAAUUUGACAGAU